AUGGCUUCUGCAGCACAGAUCCAACAAGACCCCAAGCCAGCAAACUCCAGUUGCCAGCUCCUCGAGACCUUUGGGAAAGAAGGACCCUCUUUGGAGUGCGAAAUAUGCCGGGCUAGAGUGUGUGGAAGGUGGGCGGCGGAAGCACACGCAGUGUCGACAUCGCAUACCCAAUUUUUCGACGUUUCCGAUGAGGUCACAACUCAUCUCUCUCCUCAACAGACCUCAGUAAAGACUGCGGAAUCCGCUGGGUUUGAUUUUUGGGAACUAUUUCCAGCUCUCAUUGAAAAUGCCCACUCUCCUACUGAAAUUCUAACCCGGGGAUUAGAACUGGAGGAAGAGGAAGAAGAAAUCAUGAGUAAACUGGGGUCCUUUGGAACCGACGUUGUGCAGGGAAUAGAGACCUUUUCAGAGCUCGCCCGGGUGUUUCACAAAAAGGGCAAGGCGGGAGAGGCCGCGAGUCUGUAUACGCGAGUCCUGGGGAAAGCAGAGCUGUCACUAGGAUAUGAAAGCCUUUAUACUCUUGGGGCCCUUCUAUCACUGGCGGAAUUACUUCAAGGAGCAAGCAAAUACGCGGAAGCCGAGAGAAAGUACAGGAGAGUACUUUGGAUGUUUCAAAGAUAUCCAGAAAUGGAAGAUGAUGAUAUGAUUGAGUUAAGAGCUCGCCGAAACCUCGAAGCUCUCCUACUCGCACAGGGAAGACUGGAUCCCGCCAGAAGUUGCCUUCGGGAGACGCUCUCCCGAUAUGAAAAAUGA